CACUGGAUGAGAAAACCAAGGAUGAUAUCACGCUGAGGAAUUUUCAUUUCUGCUAAAGAUAAUGGACCAUUCCAUGCUGGUCGCCUCAUCUGCUUUCCCAAUGUCUGCAGUAACUUGUGGGUCAAACCACUCCUCAAAAGGGAAGAAGAAUGUGGUUUUUAAUAACUGCCAUGUUACAAAUGACGUAUUUCUGUUCUUAGAACCUCUGAUAAAUGUCACCAUGUCACCAUAAUUCAUCCAAAAAUGUGUUGUUUUAAUUUGUUGAUGACCUUUUUCAUGUAUUUCAUAUUCACUUUGUACAUUUGUUUAUUGAGAACACUGCGUUUCAUGCAGGCGUGAUACGUAGAUUGUUCAAAGCUAUUCUUUUAUCUUAUUUGUUAUUAUUAGACAGUUCUAUUAUAGCGGAUAGUGGAGAAAAAAAGGAAGAAAAUUGGCUAAAUAUAUGGACAAAGAAAUUUACAUCAGCCAUCUGCUGCCCUGAUUUCUAAAACGUAGGUAUCGGCAAAAAGAAAAAUCAGUCGACCUCUACUUCUCUUUGCUGUUCUCUGCAUGUUCUGCCUCUGAAACCCUCCCCUGAAAAGCAUCACAUGCACAGGGGAAUUAAAUAAGACAACAGGACAAUAACUAAGUCUUUUAUUAUUGUUUUGAUUGAGCGAUGCCCAGUGGCAGAAGUCUGUCAUACAGUGUGCUUUAUGAACAGUUGCUUAUGACUCAUCAUCAAGUGCAAUACAUGCAUAGCAAUAUUUGAAGUAGCAGCAGUGGGUUUACAUAAAAUCAAUUACUGUAGAUCAUGUAAUACACGAAUUUAAUUUAAAUUGAACACGUAUUACCAACGCAACACAAUUAACUGUCAUUACAGAUUUAGGUGAAGUUAACUCGUCUUUUAUUCAGGGCCGUAGUCGCUCUCGUAGCAGAACAGGAUCCAUAUCAAAUACAAUAGAUUGUGUGUUUAAUGGAAAACCCCAGUCAUCUAAAAAUAAGACUAUUUAAAGCUGUAAUGGCAAUACCAUAAUACUGGCCCGUGCCUACUUCAGUGCCUAAUAUUGUGGUGUAACUUAACUUAAAAUCAUCUACUUCCCUCUCUCCUCUCCUCCAAGUUGGAUGCAAAAGCCUCGCUGUGGAGUUCCGGACAAAUUUAAAAGUGCUUCGAGGUCACGUAGCCGGCGAUACGCGCUGACAGGACAGAGGUGGCAGCGGACGCACAUCACCUACAGCAUCAAAAAUGUCACGCCAAAGGUGGGUGCCCGCGAGACCCAUGAUGCCAUACGGCGCGCGUUUGACGUCUGGCAGGGUGUGACUCCGUUACGCUUCGAGGCCGUUCCGUACAGCGCCCUGGAGACUGGCAGGCGCGACGUGGACAUCACCAUCAUCUUCGCUUCUGGUUUCCACGGUGACAGCUCACCCUUCGACGGGGAGGGAGGCUUCCUGGCGCAUGCCUACUUCCCCGGGCCGGGCAUCGGAGGGGACACACACUUUGACUCAGACGAGCCGUGGACCCUGGGGAACCCCAACCAUGAUGGUAACGACCUGUUCUUGGUAGCGGUUCACGAGCUGGGCCAUGCCCUCGGACUUGAGCACUCUAACGACCCCACUGCUAUCAUGGCUCCUUUCUACCAGUACAUGGACACAGAGAACUUCAAACUACCUCAUGAUGACCUGCAGGGCAUCCAGAACAUCUAUGGUCCACCAGACAGAGCUCCGCAGCCAACCAGGCCCCCACCCACAGUCCCUCCACCUCGCUUCCACCCUCCCUCGGACCCGCGGAAGCACGAUCGCCAUGCCAGACCUCACCGUCCACCGCAGGGGGCCAAGCCCUCCAACCCCAACUCCAAACCCAACAUCUGUGACGGGGGCUUCAACACGCUGGCCAUCCUGAGACAGGAGCUUUUUGUGUUCAAGGACCAAUGGUUCUGGAGGGUACGUGAUAACUCAGUAGUCCCUGGCUACCCCAUGCAGAUCAACUACUUCUGGAAAGGCUUGCCUCCCAAAAUCGAUGCAGUCUAUGAAAACAGUGAAGGGAAAUUUGUCUUUUUUAAAGGAAACCGUUUCUGGGUCUUCAAGGACACAACUCUCCAGCCUUCAUACCCUCAGGACAUCUCGCUGUUUGGGAGCGGCAUGCCCACUCAGAGCAUCGAGACAGCUCUCUGGUGGGAGGAUGUCGCGAAAACCUACUUCUUUAAAGGAGACAGAUACUGGAGGUACAAUGAGGACAUGAGGACCAUGGACCCUGGUUAUCCCAAACCCAUCACCAUCUGGAAGGGCAUCCCAGAGUCUCCGCAGGGUGCUUUCGUGGAUAAGGCUAAUGGUUUUACCUACUUUUACAAAGGAAAGGAGUACUGGAAGUUCAACAACCAGCUGCUGAGAGUGGAGCCCGGCUACCCGAGGUCCAUCCUGAGGGACUUCAUGGGUUGCGAUGGCCUCCCUGCCGACCCUGACUGGGACUGGAACCCCCCGGUGGCAGAGGAGCGCCACUAUGACAAUGGUGAUGUGGACGUUGUCAUCAAACUGGACAGCACGGGGGGCACCGAGAAAGCAGUGGCCAUAGCUAUCCCCUGUGUCCUGGCGCUGUGCAUGAUGGUCCUCCUCUACACUGUUUUCCAGUUCAGGAGGAAGAGCACAAAGCGGCACAUACUGUACUGCAAGCGCUCCAUGCAGGAGUGGGUCUGAGGGAUUGUUAUAUAGAGAUGGGAUGUGAAGCUCUGAUAAAGGUCUAGUUAUUGCUUGAAGCCCUAAGUACUGUUCUUGGAAGCACUGGUAAGGGUGCGGCACGUGAGGAUUGCCAUGUUGGCAAAUUUGAAAAUGGCUUGUGCUAAUAAUGUGCAAGGUGCAAGGAAGCGUACCAAUCAGCAGAACUCCUCUGAAGACAGUGAGGGAGCCACAUCUCCCGUGUCCAGCCAAUAUGUAUGUAUCUGCUUUUUGUUUUGUUUGUUUUUUUCCUCCUGUACAUUGAAAUGAACUCCAUUAAGUGAGACCUUUGUCUAUCCUCGUCUCUGCACGUCGCUUAAAAAAAGCCCCUCGCACUAACUUCAGUGGACAAAUUAGAUUCAACAUUUCAUGAUAAUGAAUGAAGGGUCCAGUAAAAAAAAAAAAUAAAAAAAAUAAAUCAUUGUGUGGAGGACUGAUACACAAACCAAAUAUGACCUUUUCUUCCAAAGAGGAUUACUGCUCAAUUUUAAUUUUUUUUUUAAUUUUGUUUUGAUGGCAUCUUUUUUCCUUCACGGAACAAAUGUUGUGGCAUCAUCCUUUAGAUUUUUCUUUUGCCAUUUCUAUUCAUAUCCACCCCGUCUGCUCUAUAAUCUGUGGGGAUAGGAAGCAGCCGGUAGUGAGAACUAGGAACUCGUGACUGUUGUGGCGGUCUGUCUCCAAAACAGGGGCCAAAAACCUCUCUGCAAUAUUUAUGAGACUGCCUUAAUCACAGAUUGCUUAAACUCCCUUCUCUUUCUCUCUCUGUUGCUCUGGUAACUGGGGACUAAGUGACAUGAUAGGAAUACUGAAAGUGUAUAAGGGCAUUGAUUAGCUCCCAUAAUGCAAUGUCAAAACCAGUAAGGAAAGUUUGAUCCAAAAUGGGUUCAGUGCUUUUAAAAAAAUGUGCUACAUGAUGGAUUUUAUUCCCAGCCUCACUCAAGGGUAAAUGAGAGAGACUGCGAAGGUGAGUUUUAUAUGUGUGUGUGUGUGUGUGUGUGUAAAAAGAGAGAUUCAUUUCCCCCACUGUAUGUACUGUAGUGUUCGUUAUUGAAUGGUUAACAUCCUGCUUCCCUACUUUCUUUUCCUGCCCAGUUUGGACACUUACUCUCCAGUCAAUUAUCACUCUGUAGAUUUUCAGCUUCACAAAUCCUUUUCUUUCUCCCCAGCCCUCAACGUUUGUACAAGGUUUCUUAGUUUGCAUCACAUUUUACGUGGCACAGAACACAGAGAAAGAGAGGAGAGAUGGAAAAAAAAUCCUUGUAGUUAACAGCCACGCCAGUCUUUUUGCUCAGUUUCUCCAUCUUGCAAAUAGUUUUUGAGGAAUUUAAUGAGCCGAAAUAAAGACAUUCUCGAUCUGGACGGUGACUGAUUUAUGCACUGUCAUUGUUAUUAACCACUGUACUAAAACUAAACACUUGUUCUCCAUGAUUAAAUUACUAAUACAUGUUUAUAGGACUACUCUAACAUUAUUAGUAUUUACGUUCAUAUUGGGAAUCAGAAUUAGCAAAACACUAUUAAAUUAAUUAUUACAUUAUUUUUUUUGACAUAUCUUAGCUUUGUCAUGCUAUGUGAUUACUAUAUUACAGUAUGAAAUGAAACAGUUUAAUGAGGGAAGCAUGAAGGACAACGCGACAGAUGUGACGUGAGAUGGAGCUAAACUGAGCAGAUGCUUUUUUUUCCCUUCUCCUUGUAUUAUAUUAUAAAUGCAACGCACAGCCUGGAUCUUAAUGAACUAUACUGUAUUGUCUCGCUGUUGCCUUUGGUCGCCUGCCACACAUGAGAGGUUUUCAGACGACCUGUCUGAGCAUUCCUGACUGGAUUUGUUUCAUAUGUGUGCUUCAUGUUUGUGUUCACCUGCUACUUGAAAUGGUCAGCGUCUCACACAAUCUUCCGUUGAUAUUAAGGCACUGCUAUUUUAUAACACAUCAGCUAAGACAGUUAAAAAAUAUACUUUAAAAUAUGAUUAAAUGUCGCUUUUUCAUCAUUUCAUCAUUAUCUGUCAGGUGUCAGACACCUAACAAAGUGACAAAAAAUAAAUAACAACAAUAAUAAUAAUAAGGACAAUGCAUGUCAUUGUUAAAAUGUGUCAUUCUAUCAAAGCUGUUGACCAUGGAUCAUUCGAACACUAUAGAGCUCCGUGCGUCACAUGACUCAGUUUGUGUACACCACCAUGUUGGCAGGAAAAGCCAGGAAAAGUUGCGUAUUUAAAGUCAACACUACGUAUUUAAAGUCCAGUACUUUUCAGAGUUUCAAACUGUCGCCUUUUCUAAACCCUUGUAAAAAUGGGUAGCUUCCAGUUUGUUCUACGUAUUUGAAUUCUUCAAAUGAAGACAGAAUCUGCGCACACUGGAGAGAGAGAGAGAGGAGCGUUUUUGAAAUGAUGAUCCAUGGUCGCUGCAAUUCAAGGUGGCGACAAAAACCUUUUUGGCUCAGUGUUGUGUGUGAUGUCAUAUCAGUUUGUGCGUCCGUGGUGAGCGUCUCACGCGCGUGUAGGGUUUUAAACAAUACGGUCAGGGAGGUGACUCCAUACUGUAUUAAUUGCUGUAUUUAUUCCUCCGAGCUCUACACCUCCAGUCUUGCAUCGCAUUAUCUUUAGAGCAAGAAGCUGUCCAUAAAGUGGGUUUAAAAUACAAUGUUUUGUUUCUCACGGCCACCAAGUAAUCCUCCUCCUUCUGUUACUGCCUCAACUACAAGCGGUUCAUCUGAUGUGAAUGUUUUUUCUAUCAUGGCACGGUGAAUCACAAACCUUCACAGGUUCAUACACAUCAACGUUGGACUUUUUGAUACACAUUUUAGAGGUGGACUUUGUGUGUAAGUCUUGACGCCCUGACCCGUCCCUGUUUUAUCUCCGGACUCUUCAGUGCUUUUCUUUCUGAGUUUGCCUUGAUACAUGCUACUAAGCAUUAGGGCUAAUUCGGAGUGUCGCUAAAGGAAGUAGAUGACGUCUGAUCAGACAGCGGUCAAUACACCUUUGAGAGGCACGAGUGCAGAAGAAAGAGGAGCAUUUUGUGAAUUGAGAUGUGCAUUGAGGUACAUGCAGUAUACACUCCAAGACAUAUAGCGUAUGAGAAGUAAUCAUAAUAUGUACAUAAAACAUGUAUAUGGGGAAAUUGUGUUUUUAAUCCAUCUGUUCAUAAGGAGAGUGCUUUGUGUUGUAAAUAAAACAAGUGCAUAAUGA